AUGAGUUUACCUGUGGUUGACAAGGAAGAGAAUAUUAUAGAUCUUGAGCUCGAGCACUCCAAGAAUGCACCGCCCAAAUACCUUGGGUUUGUUGCAGGUAUGUUUUCUGGGGUAAUGAAGAACGUUGUGGGGCAUCCAUUUGAUACCAUCAAGGUGAGGUUACAAACAGAUGAGGUGGGAAGAUUCAAGGGACCCAUGGACUGUGUGCUUCAAACUCUUCGUAAGGAAGGUGUUACGGGUCUUUAUAAAGGGUUCACACCCCCAUUGAUUGGUUGGGUUUUCAUGGAUUCCGUCAUGUUAGGAUCGCUACAUUUGUACAGGCGUCUUUUGAAAGAAAAUUUUUAUCAGAAUGACGAGAAGCUACCAUUGAGCGGUCACGUAAUUGCUGGGCUUGGGUCGGGUUGGACAGUGUCAUUUGUAGCUGCGCCAGUUGAACAAUUUAAAGCAAGACUUCAAGUUCAGUACGACGCGAAGACAAAAAUCUACAAUGGGCCUAUUGAUGUUGCCCGGAAAUUAUACCACACUUGCGGAAUCCGGGGCAUCUAUAGUGGGUUGUUUGCCACGAUGGUAUUCCGGACGAAUUUCAUUUUUUGGUGGGGGUCAUAUGAGUUAUUCACACAGUAUUUCGAAAACAACACAAACUUGCUGAAGCCGCUGAUUAACUUCUGGUCAGGAGGAUUGUCGGCCACUGUGUUUUGGAUAUUCGCUUACCCAGCAGACGUUGUUAAACAAACGAUUAUGACUGACAGUCCUAUUCGAAGUGAAAAGAAAUACCCCCGCUGGAUCGAUGCGGUCAACGCCAUUUACAAGGAAAAGGGACUCAUGGGAUUCACUCGUGGGUUUGUACCUUCGAUAUUGCGUUCAUUCCCAGCAAAUGCUGCAGCGUUGGCUGCUUUCGAAGCAGUGAUGAGGUUCUUACAUUAA